AUGGAGGCCUUCUUUACAUAUCUGCUGCCUUUUGCAGUCCUCUCUGUAAUACUCUCUCUCCUCUUCCUAAAUCGAAAACGGAAUUCGAGUGGCUUAAACCUUCCACCAGGUUCGAGUGGAUGGCCAAUGGUUGGGGAAAAUAUGGAGUUUGUUCUACAAGGGCCACAAAAAUUUGUGUACGAGAGGAUGAACAAAUACUCGCCCGAAGUGUUUCAAACAUGUUUGUUGGGAGAGAAAUUGGCAGUGUUUUGUGGGGCGCCAGGGAACAAGUUUUUGUUCAUGAAUGACAGCAAACUUCUCACUUCGUGGUGGCCACAAUCGAUGAAAAAAGCUUUGCUAUUCCCAGAGUAUGCUGACAAUUCUGUGAAGGAAGUUGGAGCUCUACAACGUAGUUUUCUUCAUGAAAUUCUUAAGCCUGAAGCCCUUAAACAGUACAUACCACUAAUGGACGCCAUGGCACGUGAACACGUUGAGACUGAAUGGGCUCCUUGUGAAGAAGUUAAGGUUUUCCCUUUGUCGAAGAAGUACACUUUUGCACUAGCCUGCAAAUUGUUUAUGAGUGUGGAAGAUCCUGACCAUGUGAAAAGAUUGGCAGAUCCCUUUACUCUUGUUACUUCCGGGAUGUUCUCAGUACCUAUAGACUUACCUGGCACGGCCUAUAAUCGUGCUAUCAAAGGGGGAAAAAUGGUUCGCGAAGAGCUCCUAAAGAUCAUCAGGGCGAGAAGAAAUGAACUAAUGGAGAGCAAAGAGACAUCAGAUCGGGAUCUAUUGUCUCGUAUGCUACUCAUAACAGAUGAACAAGGACAGUUCAUGAAUGAAAUGGAAAUUUCUAAUAACAUCAUAGGUUUACUUGUUGCAAGCUAUGAAACCACGAGUACUGCAGUCACAUUCGUUUUGAAGUAUCUUGCAGAGCUUCCCCAUAUUUACUCUGAGGUGUAUAAAGAACAAAUGGAGAUUGCUAAGUCCAAAGGUCCAGAUGAGUUGUUAACUUGGGAAGAUAUUCAAAAGAUGAAGUAUUCUUGGAAUGUGGCUUGUGAAGCACUGAGACUAUCACCACCUGCUCAAGGAGCCUUUAGAGAGGCUAUAACUGACUUUACAUAUGCAG